AUGGAAGUGACGGGGUUUGGAGGAAGAGGUGAGUACACCGCAGGGCACAUACGACAAUGGCUUAAGGUGGGCUUAAUAGCCUCCUUAGCCCAAUUCCAUGUGGUAAAGAUAGAAGUUUUCUAUCAUAUAUUGUUGGGAAGGCCAUGGCUACACAAGCAUCGUCUAAUUCCAUCCACCUAUCACCAGUGCGUGAAAGGGAGAUUGAAUGGUAGGAUGAUACGGAUAUCAGCAAACACAUCCCCGUUCAAGCAAGUAGAGGCCCACUUGGUUAAGACCAUGUUCUACGAUGAAUGGGCACCGUAUGGAGAAAGUUCAGUAUCUAAGCCGCAUGGCACUUUUGUCCCCAAAUGGGAGGACAUCCAAGACGACCUAGAACCUGACUUGACGGAGUUGUUGAUGCGAAAGAGAAAAAGGAAAGAAGCCCUGACUUCGGAGCUAGACAAUACGCCACAAUGCGUCAAGCUAUUAAAGGAGUUUAGUGACAUUUUCGCAAGGGAUUACAGCAAGACACCUAGCUUAGACCCAGGGUUGGUGGUACACAUGCACAAUGUGGAUCUUGGGGCCAAGCCUGUAGCCUUGCCUGCCAGAGUGUUCCACAUUGAAAUAGAGGAGCAGAUAGUAAAGGAGGUGCAAAAAUUAUUAACGGUUGGGUUCAUCAAACUGAUUCAACACCCACGGUGGUUGUCCAACAUUGUACCGAUGAAAAAGAAGAACGGGCAAAUACGAUGCUGCAUCGAUUUUAGAAAUCUUAAUCAAGUCUAUCCCAAAGACGAAUUCCCAUUGCCUAACAUGGACUUUCUGAUAGAUUCUGUUGUAGGAAAUGCCAUGUUUUCCUUUAUGGAUGGGUUCAGUAGGUACAAUCAAAUUUGA